AUGGGCACGUCGUUUCUCCUUUGUUUGCUUGGUGGUUUUUUAGCAGCUUCCUUCCUUGGAAGAUUCAAGACUAUUGGAAUCUUUGCUGCAAUACAAGCACUUGGUACUGCAGAAUUAACAAUCUUAACAAAAUUGCCACGGCUAAGUCCACCACCUUGUCACGCAGGCGAAGUUUGCAAGCCGGCUAAUGGAAUCCAAAUGGGAAUCUUAUACUUAGCUCUAUACCUUAUUGCACUAGGAACAGGCAGACAUAAGUCGAGCAUUUCAGGAUUUGGUUCUGAUCUGUUUGACGAGAAAGACGAGAAGGAGAAAUCAUAA